AUGACGGUGCGGAGAGGAAAGAAGCUCAGCAUCUCCAUCCAGGAACACAUGGCCAUUGACGUUUGCCCCGGCCCCAUCAGACCCAUCCGACAGAUCUCCGCCUACUUCCCCCGCCUUUCCCCCACCUCCCCGGGCCCCGCCUCCCCGAACCCCGCCUCCUCCCCGCUGGCCCUCAGCCCCGGCUCGGCGGCCUCCGGGAUGGGCGGGGCUCAUCUCCUGUCUCCGUUGCUGGCCCACGGCAGGCCGGGCGGGGGCGGGUCUUUGUCUCUGACCAGCAGCGUGGACACGUCGGUGGAGAUCAACAGCUCCGACAGUGACGACUGCACUGCUCUGGGAACUCUGGAGUUUGAGCUGAGAUACGAGCAGAGCUCCAGCGAGCUGCACUGCACCGUCCUGCGGGCCAAGGGUCUGAAGCCGAUGGACUUCAACGGUUUAGCCGACCCGUACGUCAAACUGCACCUGCUGCCUGGAGCCUGUAAGGCCAAUAAGCUGAAAACGAAGACUAUUCGAAACUCUCUGAAUCCAGUGUGGAAUGAAACGCUCACUUACGUCGGGAUCACAGAGGAAGACAUGCACAGGAAGACACUCAGGUUGACUGUGUGUGACGAGGAUAAGUUGACUCAUAAUGAGUUAAUCGGAGAGUCCCGGGUCCCUCUGAAACGUGUGAAACCCGACCAGACGAAACAUUUCCACACCUGCCUGGAGCAUCCGCCCCCGCUGCCCUCUCCGACUGCCAUGGGCGAAGCCCUCCGAGGAAUAUCCUGCUACUUAAGAGAGUGGGAGAACGAGCAGCUGCACAGCCUGGAGGAGAGAGGUCGCCUCCUCCUCUCGCUGCAGUUUCUGCCUCCGCUCGGUCUGGACGAGGACACAGAGGGAGGAGGUGAAGGACGUCGCAGCGGGGGUCUCUGCGUGGGCGUGAGGCGCUGCGCCCACCUGGCAGCCAUGGAUGUCAACGGAUUCUCUGACCCCUACGUCAAAAUAUACCUGAAGCCCGACAUCGAGAAGAAGUCCAAGCACAAAACAGCGGUGAUGAAGAAGACCCUCAACCCUGAAUUCAACGAGGAGUUCUUCUAUGAGAUCUCCCUGUCGGAGCUGACCAACAAGACGCUGGAGGUGACGGUGUGGGACUACGACCUGGGACGCUCCAACGACUUCAUAGGUGGCGUCUGCCUGAGCUGUCACUCCCAGGGCGACGCCCUCCGUCACUGGAUGGACUGCCUGAAGAACAAGGGCCGGAGGGUGGAGCGGUGGCACGUCCUGACCAACGAGCUGCCGCGGACCCUCAGCCACGACUAA